GUGGCAGUGCGCAUGCGUUAGUGGAUUCCGGUGUUUGACUUCCUGUAAAAAUGUCCAACAUGUCAAUUCAACGUUUAUUUCUUGUUUUCUUAUGGUUUACGACCGUAUCUGGUCUUUAUUUUCACAUAGGUGAAACUGAAAAGAAAUGCUUUAUUGAAGAAAUACCUGAUGAAACUAUGGUUGUUGGAAGAUAUAAGGUUCAGAUAUUUGACAAAAAUGUCAAUGAUUAUGUGCCAACUGUUCAAGGUCUAGGGAUGCACGUGGAAAUAAAAGAUACUGAUUCAAAAAUUGUGCUUUCACGGACAUAUGCGUCAGAAGGAAGAUUUACGUUCACAUCACACUCUGCAGGAGAACACAUCAUGUGUCUUCAUUCUAACUCUAGUGCUUGGUUCUCAAGUGGACAGUUGAGAGUGCAUUUAGACAUUCAGGUUGGUGAACAUGCUGUAGAUUAUCAACAGAUCCAGGCUAAGGAUAAACUGUCCGAACUACAACUUCGUAUCAGACAACUGCUAGACCAGGUUGAACAAAUUACAAAGGAACAAAAUUAUCAAAGAACUCGAGAGGAAAGGUUCCGUCACACAAGCGAGAGCACCAAUCAGAGAGUGUUCUGGUGGUCUGUCGGUCAAACUGGAGCAUUAAUUCUGAUUGGCUUGUUACAAGUUCGUCAUCUGAAGAAAUUUUUCAUUUCCAAGAAGCUUGUAUGAUGCUUAUAUUUUAUUAGAUACCAGGCAUUUUUUGUAUAACUUGACCACAUCGAAGAUAGUAUUACCACUGUAAAAAUUGGCGAUUUGCAAAAUGAUUGUGCUUACACUAUAAUUGAAUAUAUAUUAUAAAUUAAUUGACCUAAUUAACAGUUAAACUCAGAAGUCAUUUUUUGAGGGUUGGAGCUCAAGCAUAUAUAGCAGGUGAAUAUUAGAAGUCUGUUAUACUCUCUUUGUGGUUAGAAAUGAACACAUGCUUUAGAAAAUAAGUUGAAUAAAUGUAGGAUGUGUUACUGAUUUAAAAGGAGGGUUUUAAUGCGUGUUUCUAAAAAGAUGCAAGUGUGAAUGUUGUAUUAAUUUACCUUUGAUGUUAUAACACAUUUGUUAGUAUAAAUGCUAUCCAUAUUGUAAUAAUCAUAUUCUGGGCUACUUUUUAUAAAUAAUGAAAUAACUUACAGAUUUAGUAUCAAAUCAGGGUUUUGAAUUGUAGUACAGGGUUAUCAAUUUUUACCAUUUUACAAUGAGUAUGCAGCAUGGUAAACCUAAAAAGGUAAAUAUUUUUCUCCUGCUUCUAAUAUAUAUAUAGGUGUAUAUAUAUAUAUUGGCAAUAUACAUGUAUUGAUCAAUAUGGUAGCAUUUAUUUAGCAAUACUGUGAGCAAUUGUAACAGUUGUAUAUAAUCUUACAUAUUGAUAUUUGUGAUGAUCUAUUUAUGGUUCGAGGUGUAUUUUGUACAUAGCACAUUUAUACUGCAUUUUCAUGAUUGAUUAAAACAGCUUUCAUGUAGUAGGGGUUAGCAAUACGAAUGGUAGACACUUAUUACACUCAAAGAAAAAUUGCUUAUUAAUUAUCACAUACAAAUUGCCUGAUGAAUCAGUGAUGUUUGUGUUACUUAUAGCAACACCAAAUUAUAAAUGAAUUGUUCAUGGCAUGAUUAUGGAGGAAAAUGUAGUUGAUCUCAUAACAUUGUCCAAAAAGAUGAUUAAUUUGUUGUUGCCUAUUACAUGGCACUAACAAUCCUUUAUGCAUGCACAUUUAUUGCUGAUUUAUGACAAAUUUUACACAAAAACAACCAGUCUAUGUUAGUUACUGUCUUAACGUUCCACAAGGCUUUAAAUUUUAUGUUAAAAAUGGUUGAAAAAACUUUCCUAAUAGAUGUUGUGCAUAAUUACAUGGUAAGAAAACUGCUACUUUUAAUAAUGCACAUGAACAUUAAAAGUUCUAACAUUAAAGGGAGGUAAUAAAACUAACAGAUUCAAAUUAAACUUUAUACUAUGUUCAUCAAAAUUCAAACCUUCCUUAAAUGUUAGAGAAAACAAUUAUCAGAAAUAGGACUUAACAAGAAAUUAACAUAUUUUAUGUUCAUAAUGGAAAAUGUGGCAGCCACAUUUUAAGCAAAGGCAUUAUGACCCUUUAAGAUUGAAAACUUUAGUUUCUGUACCAGUUCUGGCAUUAUCUGAUAUUAAUCAUGAUUUAAUCGAAGGUCAGAUUUUGUAAAUUAAAUGAAAAAUCAAUUUUACAAUAUGGACAAAAUUCCUUAUAGUUCUCGUUUUAGUACCAAGGAAUCUGUUUUGAUCAGUCACUUGUUUUGACUUGUUCAUUGGACUGGCAUUUGUUUACCCAUCUACUGUUUCAAUAACUUUCUUUUACUUUUUCUGGACCCUUUUUAAGUGCGUUUUCAAUGAUUUCUUCUUCUGAGUUAUAAAUAAUAUUGGAACUAACAACAAAAGGGAAAUGAUAAGAAAUUUUCUGACUGCCUAACAAAGUAUAUUUUUCAACAACAUCAUUUUGGGAAUUUUGAAGUUUAUGGUCUGACUUUUCUGUUUAUAGAGGUUCAAGUAAUGGGACUCAGUUAAGUUUCUUUCAAUUAUUUUUUACCUAUUUGUUUUUUAUUUCCAUUACGCUGUGUACAAGACAAUGAAAUAAAAUGUAAAACAGUGAA